AUGCACACCUCGCCUCUCGCAAGCGCAGCACGCCUGCUGCUGCCGCCGCUGCUGCUGCUCGCCGGCCUCUCCUCCGCCGGCCCCUCGCCCGCCGCCGCCGUGCGCACCAUGAUCCCCAAGACCAGCUUCGACAGCCAGCAGGACUUUGACGCGGACUGGAACUACAACUACCCCUGGGGCACCGACCACAACGGCGCCGCGCGCAUGGACAAGGCGCAGGUCCGGAUGCCCGGCGGCGGCGCGCUGACCAUCACGGCCCGGCCCGUCUCGGGCCAGCCGCCCGCGCACCACGGCGGCAAGGACAUACCGAUCCACUACCUCUCGGGGGCCGUCCACGCCAAGGAGCACUUCAACGUGUCGAGGGGGGGCGGGUACGACUUCUCGGGCGAGUUCCGGGCCACGACGGCGAGGGGCACGUGGCCCGCCUUCUGGCUGACGGCGGUCGACGGCUGGCCGCCCGAGAUCGACAUGGCCGAGUGGAAGGGCUCGGGCAAGAUCUCGUUCAACACGUUCAACACGUCGUCGCAGGUGGCGGCGCGGGACGUGAACUACCCGAGCCCGGGGAGCUUCCACAAGAUCCGGUGCGAGGUGCGGGACGAGAACGGGCGGGACGUGUCGGUAAGGUUCUUUAUGGACGGCAGCCUCGUCACGACGCAGUAUGGCAGGGGGUUCUUCGGGAAGCCGAUGUAUCUCAUCAUCAAUCUUCAGAUGGAGGGAUCGUCUGGGUCGCCUGGGCCUACUUCAAAAGCCGAGGGCGAGAAAGUCUCACAAAAGAAAUACGAUAACUGUAUUACUGUCAGCCCGCAACACAGACCACACACCAUGUCUUCCGACCAGAAGAGCGACCUCGUAGCCGCCGGUGCCGAGACCGCGGCCCCGCCCUCAGCCGGCCGCAUCGUCGCCAGCAUCGCCUUCGUCAAGCGCAACCCGGCCAUGACGCCCGAGCAGUUCUACCACCACUGGGAGCACGUGCACGGCGAGCUGGUCAGGCCCUGGGCUCGCAAGCACGGCUUCAUCUCCUACCGGCAGAUGCACGCGACACCGGCGCUCAACGCCGACGCCCUGCCCAUCGGGCCCGAGGCGGACCAGAAGGCCGGCCUGCCGAUCAACCUGGCCAAAGAAUACGACGGUGCCGCCGUCAUCGAGGUGCCUAGCUUCGAGGCGUUUGCCGCUGCAUUCAAAGACCCUUACUAUAUCAACACGAUCGAGCCGGACGAGAGGACGUUUAUCGACAAGAAGGUCGGGGUGAUGCGGGUGAGGGCCGAGAUCAAGCAGAUCAUUUAG